AUGUUCCGCACCGUCAGACGGCCAGCGCGCCUUCUGGCGGGGCACACCAUCAAUAGCGUCCUUGCCCACAUCGCCGCCGGCAAUCAGCCACGGCUCGACGGAGGCGCGCCGCUCCCUCCUCCACCGGCCCUCCCUCCCCCUCCUCCACCAGCCGGACGCCACCGCUACCUUGGCGGUGGCUCCGGCUCGUCCUCGCGCGCGCCCCGCCGGCUCAUCAAAGAUGAGCCGGGUUCAUCCUCGGCCGGAGCACGGCGGCCGAAGUCGGAGCCGGAGGAGUUGGCGCUUCCUCCGGAGUACGAGAGCGCCACCAUCGACCACCGCGGCGACUCCGACCCGAAGGAGUUCCCGGAUCAGCGCGCCGCCGAGCGCGCUAGCAGGGAGGAGGCGGAGCGGCAGGCAGAGGAGCGGCGCCGGCUCCUCUGCUACGCGUCCGAGGCCAAGGUCGAGGCAUGGCAGGCGGCCGAGGCGGCCAAGGAGGAGGCGAAGAAGGUGGCGCCGGCACUCGUGCCGGUGAAGCAGGAGCCGGGUUUCAUCUCAUCGGCUUCGACGAUGACUUCGGCUUCAACUUCGACACUAGCGACAACGACGGCGACUCGUGGAUGA